AUGAAGCCGGCAGAGGGAUCAGAACUGAGAAACCACAGUAUGCUGACUGAAUUUGUCCUCUCUGGAUUGUCUAGCCACCCAGAACUGCAGAACUUGCUGUUCUUCACAUUCUGUUUGAUUUACACCAUCACUAUCACUGGGAACCUUCUCAUCUUCAUUGUCACAGUGCACCCCACUCUUCGUAUGCCCAUGUACUUCUUCCUCCGGGUCCUGUCCUUCCUGGAUAUUACUACAGCAUCAGUCGUUGUUCCCAAGAUGCUGAUAAGCUUUCUGUCAAAGGAGGGGAGCAUUUCUUACAUGGGAUGUGCCACACAGCUCUACUUUGUGAUUUUCUUACCAGCCACUGAAUGCUACCUUUUGGCAGCUAUGGCCUACGACCGUUACAUGGCCAUAUGCAACCCACUUAGAUAUGCAGUUGUUAUGAACAGAAGAGCUUGUUUUUCUCUGGUCUUGCUGUCUUGUUUGAGUGGUAAUGUGGUGUCUGUGGUGCAGACAGCUUGGGUGUUCACACUGCCAUUUUGUGGGCUCAAUAUUCACUAUUUCUUCUGUGAUAUUCCCCCACUAAUUAUGCUUUCCUGCGCUGACACCUCUUCAUAUGAAAUGCAGACAGUUACAGCAACGGUCCUUGUCAUCCUCAUACCAUUUUGUUUUAUCCUUUCAUCCUAUAUCUGCAUAAUCUCUAACAUUCUGAAGAUUUCCUCUGCAGAAGGCAGACAAAAGACCUUCUCCACUUGUUCUUCACACCUUAUUGUGGUAACACUGUAUUAUGGGAGUGGGACUUUGAUUUACUUACGGCCCAGAUCCAUGUUUUUUCAAGACACUAAGAAAAUUCUGGCUGUCAUAUACACAACCAUAAUUCCCAUGUUAAACCCCAUGAUUUACAGCUUGAGAAAUAAGGAAGUGAAAGGUAUCCUAAUCAAAAACAUAGCUGAGCUGAAGAAGAUAUAA